AUGCCAGGCUCGCUCGCCGAUUACCUAGCAAAAAACUACCUCACUGCCGACCCAGCUUCUGAGCGGCCGAAGAAGAAGCGCAAGAAGACAAAAGCCGUCGACACUUCAGGCUCCGGUCUCAUUAUUGCCGACGAUGACCCACCAGACAUUCGCGCCUCAUUAGGAAAUCGACAGCAAGAUGAUGAGGACCGCCCAUAUGUUGACACCUCUGCGCAAAGCGCCGAGUUCCGCAGAGCGAAAAAAUCAAGCUGGAAGACCAUCGGAGCACCAGCGCCGGGCCAAGGAACCGAACAAGACGCCGCCGAUGCAAUUCUCGCCUCAGCAGCAGCCGAACGCGUCGCCGAACAAGAAGCAGAAGGCGACGAUGCCCCAACAAUCGACGAAGAUGAUGGAGCAGGGCGAAUGGAAUCCGGCGCACGCGGUGGUCUCCAAACAGCCGCCCAAACCGCGGCAAUGGUAAAAGCUCAAGAAAAGCGCCGGAAAGCCGAAGAAGCCCUGUACCGCGACCCAUCCUCCACCAAUGAAAAAGCUCAAGAAACAAUCUACCGAGACGCCUCGGGCCGAAUCAUCAAUGUAGCGAUGAAACGCGCAGAAGCACGCCGGGCCGAAGAAGAAAAGCGCGAAAAAGAAGAACAAGCGCGCGAGGCGCUGAUGGGCGAUGUGCAGCGGCAGCAGCGCGCCGACCGCAAAAAAGAACUGCAAGACGUCAAAGCGAUACCUCUGGGGCGGACAAUUGAUGACGAUAUCAUGAAUGACGAGAUGAGGGCGCAGGAUCGAUGGAAUGAUCCCGCUGCGCAGUUUUUGACAGAGCGCAAAGCUGCGGGCGCUAGUGUUUCCGGAAAGCCUUUGUAUCGGGGCGCGUUCCAGCCUAAUAGGUAUGGGAUUCGGCCUGGGCAUCGGUGGGAUGGGGUGGAUCGAGCGAAUGGGUUCGAGAAGGAUUGGUUUGCGGCCAGGAAUAAGAAGAGUCGAUUUGAGGCUUUGGAUUAUCAGUGGCAGAUGGAUGAGUAG